AUGGACAAGUAUGGCAAAGUGAUUGCUAAGUGGGAUAGUAGAGCAACAAAAAUUUACACAGAAAUAUGUGUAGAAGAGGUCAAUGCACGGAACAGGCCACAACAUUUCCUAAACGCCGAAGGGUAUGCUAACCUGAUAAGAAAGUUUAAGGAACGCACUGGUCGCACGUACACAAGGGAUCAAAUGAAGAAUAGGUGGGAUUCGUUGAAGAGAAUGUUCACCCAGUGGAAAACUCUUAAUGAAAGGGCUACAGGUCUUGGUCGAGACCCUCAUACUGGUUCAAUCAGUGCGCCAGAUGAGUGGUGGGCCAAGCAAAAUGAAGCAAUGCCAGGUUGUAUUAUGUUCAAAACAGCCCCCCUAGAGAAUGAGGACGAGCUAAAGGUUAUGUUUGGACCCAUUGUCUGCACAAAUGAAAGAACCCUUGUUCCUGGCGUCGAGGAUGCUAAUUCAUCUUCUGAUGAUCAUUUCGAAGCCACUUUAGGUGGGGGUGAAAACAGCACACCUGAUCCAUGCUCAAAUGCGACAGGGAAGCGUAAGGUGCGUCAUGAUUCUCCUAAACCAAAGAGGAAAAAAGAUUCGAGGGAAGAGUACAUGAAACGCCUUGUGGAGGCUUUUGAGUCACGUUCAAGGACCACUAACAAGUCCAUCACCUCUAAUGAGACCGACCCUGUGCGUAUUGAGGUGAGUGCGCAGUUGCAACAAGUGAUCGAUGAUGGUUCACCAGAAGGCAGUGACCUCCAUUUGUUUGCCACUCAUCUGUUCACUUCGAAAAAGUAUAGAGACAUAUUUUCUGCACUGAAGACAUCAGAAGGAAGGAACGCUUGGCUGCGCCAUGCAUUCGAGAUAGAUGUUAAAAAGUCCACCUAGAUGCUGCUGGUCCGACAACAGAGGCUUAUGUUCAGUAUUAUGUUAGUUGUGUCUGCUUUAUGAGUCAUGUCGUGUCAG